UGCACUUGGACAUGCAACGCUUGGCUAAGGCCAAAACUCAAAGGAAACAACUAUGGAUAACAACAAAAAAUUAUCCUUUCUCUGCAAAUUUUUUACAAUAUUAAAGUAAACGCUGCAUCAAGUAUUAUUGAAGUAAAAGUCGGUUUUGAGAAAUAAUUAAGUGAGGCGCGGAAUAUAACUUUUAGAAGACUCUGAAUGAAAAUUUUUUAUUUAUGCAGAGGAAAUAGAGGUGAUGAAUUAAGGAUAAAAUCGUCCUUUAAUGGAGUAGAGCUCAAACACCAAGUUAAAAUCAACUGAUUAAAACAUAAAUUUCUGGAAAGUGCUUGUUAAAGACUAUCGAUUCAAAGAGCAGCCUUAUAUAACGACAUACUUAUACAUAUACAAUCAUAUUCCAUUGACAACAUUACAAUGUCUGUUCAGUUAAACAUGGAUCUUCCACUAACCAUAACGCCUAUAAUACCUGCCUUAAAGGAUUUAUCCGUGUCGGCUAUACCUUCAACAAAUACCGAUCAGUUUCCGCCACCACCUGAUUUAACGUUUCAUUGUAUGUGCUGCCCUGCAUUCUUCGUUAAUCCUUAUAUACUUUAUCAGCACAUGAACAGCCAACAUCCCCAACCACUAGAAUCCAAAGAAGAGGACAAAACCGCAUCUGAAGAUGACGAUCAAGAUUACAGUUGGGUACUUGAGCCUGUUUGUGAGAUAGUUGAUAUGGGUGGCGAUGACGACGAUGAUUCAGAUAGUGAUUCGGAUUCGGAUGAUGAUACAUCCAGCAGCUCGUCUCAAAGCUCAAGCGAUAGUUCGUCCACUGUCAGCGCGUCUAAUUCUCCUACCAUAAAUCCUAAAUCGAACAAUUGUAAUAGCCAAGAUGAAGAGGAAAACACAAGAAUGACCACAGUAAGCAUUAAUACUGUGCCAACAGCCGUUUACGAAGAGGUGGUUGGGGAUGAUUCAUCCAGCUCUUUAAGUUCUCCCACUGAAUCUGAUUUUCCAAUGAUCAAAUUAAAGACUGCUGACCCGCGUGAGUCUACAUCGAUUAUACUAAUUAAUACUAAGGCGGCAGACGUUGAUAACGCGACACAAGCUCCGCCAGUUCAUAUGAAUAACGUGCCGGCAGUGUACAAGCCAGGUAGAGGUAGACGUAGCGCUGCACAGAAUGCACAACUGGCUGCCUUAACAAGUGGAGAACAGAAAUGCUUUCAAUGCGCCCACUGUGACGCGUCUUUUCAAAACGCUGGCGACCUCUCCAAGCACGUGCGCUGCCACAUUACAAACAAGCCUUUCCAAUGUGCUAUCUGUGAAAAGACAUUUACCCACAUCGGCAGUUUGAAUACUCACAUUAGGAUACACAGUGGGGAGAAGCCAUAUAAAUGUGAACUGUGCCCAAAGGCUUUUACGCAGUCUAGUAGCCUUAUGGUACAUAUCAGAUCUCACUCCAUAAAGAAACCACAUCAAUGCCAUUUAUGCGAUAAAGGUUUUAUAAACUCCAGCUCUCUAGUGUUACAUUUAAAAUCGCAUGAUGAUGCUGAAAUUUUUAACUGUCCCGAAUGCGACAAAUCGUUUAAACAAGAAGACUUACUCGAGAAACAUCUACAAAUGCACACUCAACAGCUUGUUUAUCAAUGUUCCAUUUGUCUUGAAGCGUUUCGCACAUCCUCUGAGCUGGUACAACAUAUGAAGUGCCAUAUGGGCGAAAAGCCCUUCACUUGUUCAAUUUGUGAUCGUUCUUUCACGCAAUCCGGUAGUCUUGGCAUACACAUGCGCAUUCAUACUGGCGAGCGGCCGUUCCAAUGCAAAUUCUGUGACAAAGCUUUUACGCAGGCAUCGAGCUUAAGUGUUCACAUGAAAAUUCAUACGGGUGAAAAAUCGUUCCCAUGCCAUAUAUGCGGCAAAUCUUAUAGCCAACAAGCAUAUUUAAACAAACACAUACAGGCUCAUCUUAAUACUGAAAAAAAUAAUACGGCAUCAAAUGAGAUCAACGGGAUGCCUAGUAUAGCAACUGAUACGUUGCCUUCGCAAGAAACAUUGGUUUGUAUAGUGUGUGGAGCACUGCAUAAGAGCGUGAGCUUAUUAGCUUUACAUGUAACUCAAAAGCACUCUGUAUUGCUUAAUAAUAGCAUAGGCGGUGCUUCACAAAUGCAAAUUCCUUCAGAUAAUGUGAGCGAAGAAGAACGUCGUGUGCAAGAGCUGCAAUAUAUGCAUCAACUGCAAUUGAUGUUACGCUCCGCCAAUAGCGGAUUAUUGCCACAGAUGGCCAUGGAUGUAGACAUUAAGGAAGGAGAUGUUGAAGCAAAUGUCAACGAUGAGAAAUAUGUUAGUAUUAAAACGAAUGAAGAAUUUGAAAAUAAUCGACAUAUGGAGUGUUUGGAAAUAAUUAAGCAGGAAUUCGAUCCAGAUGCUUUCGACGAUUAUGGCGCUGAGGAAGAAGUAGAAACGGAAGAAUAAACCCAUAAACUUCGUGCAAAAAAAUAUAUUUAUAAGGCAAACUACCGUCUGAGUACCAGUAUAAUAGACCUGUUUGAUGCAAUUUUACUUUUAUGUUGAACAUGCUAUACUGCAAAAAUAUUUUGAGCAGUAUGCCAGUUCUAAUGCAUAUAUAUGUAUAGAUUUGAUGACAUUUUUUACCUGUAGCAAUUCAGUAUUGUUUGUAUAUUUUUUUUUUUUCAUUUUUUGCUUAAAAGCUAAACACAUUAAGGUAAACGUUUGCUUAAAAGAAAGAUGAAUAGUUUUAUUACAAUUUUUAAAUAAAACUGCCUAGAUAAACCU